AUGGCAGGCCCCUAUCCUCCUGCGACCCUGGACUGCCUCCCAUUCGAUGUCUUCUAUCAGAUCGCGACGUUGUUGGGCGACCGCGACUGCAUUCAUCUGAGCCGCACCAAUCGCGCCAUCCAUGAAUUAAUGAACAGUGACCUUAUCGCGCGUAAAAUUGUUGAGUCUUCCCCCUCUUUCUUCCUCUCUGGUGCUGUUGGGGCCAAUGACCAAGCCCUAAAACCCAAAUCUACUCUCUUCUUUCCAGUCUACGCCGACAAAUUCCGGGAUGCUGACGGCCCACUGCAGAGUGUGCUUGCGUACAGUAAGGAGGGACGCACCGCCCUGGCGGCCCUGUCCGGCUACCGCAAGGCUGUUGGGCACCGCUUCGAUAUCUGCGAAGCGAUUGCCACGGCCUCCCCCUAUGCAGUGGCGAUGCUGGCAUAUGCGGCGGACUUUGUGUAUCACCAGGGUGUGCUAUGCUAUCGGGUCGCGCAUGAGAUCCGUCUGCUCAAUGUGCAUCAUGGAGCCCGCCACGAGCAGGUUUUAAAUCUAUACGAGGUCAUUCCGAGACUUGACGCUGUCCUGCAGGAGGAGACCCCGGACGCCGCAUCGAGGGUUAAAUCCCUUCAUUGCAGCAAUGGGAUUGUCGUUUUUCGCUUAGAAGGUAUUAGCGCACAGCCCGACUCGUUGGUUGCAAUUGAUAUGGCACCGCGGCAGAGUCGACAUAAGAGACUACUCUUCCAUAAGCCAAUCCCAUCAUCCGGUCCGAUAGUGGUACGGCAUAGUCGCGCCUAUCUGUGGUACGGUGUCUUUGUAGAAACACUCGGCUCUCAAGGAGCCUGGCUAUGUCAUGGAGUCGACCUGGCCACAGGCGAAACCAUCGAGAUUCAGCUAGAGCAGGUGGCGUGUGGGGAUCUGGGCAAGACUAUAUGCUUCGAGAUCCACCAUGACCAUCUCUAUACAAUCUCGACACAAGUGAUCUCGGAGGAUGACGAACGAUUUUCCUCCUUCUACCACUGGUCCUGCUUUGCUCCCCGAAACAAAACCCGAAAAUGGCGCGGCCGCCUCUGGCGUCGCGAGAAUCGCGAGGGUCCCAUUAACGACAUGUGGACCGAUCUUUCCAUACGCAAGGAUGAGGCCACCGGCCGCCCGAUGAUUCUCGAAUGUCGCCGUGAAUGGCCCAACGGCAACAGUGAAAAUCACCGAACAACCUAUAUCGAACCCCUUCCCACACCAGCGGAGUUACAAGCCGACCAUCCAGAAGGAUACUCCGAAUCCCCCUUAAUAGGGGACGACUCCGACAACGAAGAAGCAGGACCUAGUAAAGACCCCGUCAUCAAUCGGACUUACGAACACCGGCCUGAGAAACGUCUCCGACGGAACUACCACCCGGAACACGAGGUCAGCGACGAUCCAAUCGACCGGCAGGAGUUUAUCUACGCAUAUACAAAACAUCACCGCUACGAUCUCGCCAGUUCCACAUUCAUCGAUCUAGUCAACGAUCCCACACCCCAAGCAACCGGCGUCCGUGUCCAGGAUCGCCUGCGCCUGCGCACCGUUUCGCGAAAACCUAAAUGCCCCAUUGACGAAGAAGGAACAGCGGGUAUACCAGGUCUCCUCUUCCCGCCAACCUUACUCGACCCCAAUGGCCUUCCCAUCCAAGGUGCAGAAGAGCGCUUCGUCUCUCGUGGCGUCCACGUGUGGCCAUCCGAGAAACCUCCCACCGAGCUACAAAAUCUGCUUUGUCCAGAUCAACGGUCUGGCGUGGUAAUCGCCCUCGCGGACGAACGCUCCCUGAUAUACUCUAUUUCUUGUCCCGGUCUACCAAGCCAGCACAAAGCGCUUAUCUUGAUCAGUUUUGAUCCAGCGCUUCAUCUCCCUACUUUGAGGCCACUGCCUCCAUCGGAGGUGACUGGCUCUAGUUCUGAUGGGCACAAGGGCAUGUUCCCCCCGCCUGUGCCGAAGCCGAAGACUUCUAGUAGAGGUUUGAUUCAAGAAUCUGAUCCGCUUUAUCAGGUCAUUGAUCGGGGCUAUUGGUUGCGGUAG